GUGGUGGCGAUACUGUAUAGGUGUUAGAUUGUUCUUUGAUUUAAUAUUUCAAAGUAUUUGCUCAAGCAUUCAAUGAUUGUUUAUUAUUGUAUUCAACAUACGCGCCAUAUUGAGUUGACCUACAAGCGGGAAAAAAGCGUUGAAUAAUUUUACUUUUUGUUUUAAUCGCUAUGUACCUACACAAUUGCUUAAAAUAUACAUUUAAUAUAUUUAAUGGAACUGUGUUCAUAAUUAAUCUACGAAUGAAUCUGUGAAUUCGCCAUUUUCAUCUAAUAAAUAAAUAAUUAUGUCAAAGUCUACAAAUAUUUACAAGACUAUUAAUAUUAAUUGGCAACAUUAAUAAAUUGGAUUGGUAUAAUGGCGGCUAUGUCUCCGUCGGAGAGGAGAUUACAGAAAGAACUUAUGUCUCUAAUGAAAGAACCGCCACCAGGAGUGUCGGUAGACGGUGAUCAAGCCAGCCAAAAUCUAACACUGUGGACAAUUCACAUGGAAGGUGUACCGGGCACAUUGUAUGAGGGGGAAAAAUUUGUAUUGCAAUUCAAAUUUACUAAUAAAUACCCAUUCGAUUCACCUGAGGUAACGUUCGUAGGCAACAACAUCCCGGUGCACCCGCACGUGUACUCGAACGGGCACAUCUGCCUGUCGAUACUCACCGACGACUGGUCGCCGGCGCUCUCCGUGCAGUCCGUCUGUCUGUCUAUCGUGUCUAUGCUUAGUAGCUGUAAAGAGAAGAAACGACCGCCGGAUAAUUCAUUUUACGUAAAAACAUGCAAUAAAAAUCCUAAGAAAACAAAAUGGUGGUACCACGACGACUCAGUGUAACACCGUUUGCUUGCUAUAUCGAGCAUGGACGAUAAACGUGAACUUGUGAUAAGUGUUAUCGAUAAUGUUAACAUAUAAUGUUAUGUAUAUACGGACGGACGGUGCGAUUUUAUAGGCGGCUGUGCUAAAUUAUUUUAUCUAUUUUGCCGCCAAAUGGAAUGUCAGUGUCAAAUGGAUUUGACGUUUGUGCUCUGUGGUUCGAUGCUUGAAAAUUUUGUGUAGAUAAUUAUUUUGCGAUUGGAAAUGCUUAAUAGAAUUUAUUGUGGAGAUGGGCGAAAGCGGAAAUCGAUUCGUGUGUAAUGGAGCGAGAUUUUAAAAGUACAAUUUUUUAUUUUUGUGUGCUUGUUUAGUCUGUAAAGAAUAUUCGACAAAUUAUGUGUACAAGAGCUUGGCUAUUGCCUAUUGCUACGAUGUUAACGGUCAAUUUUAAACUUUUACAACUUUAAUAAAAACGCAAUAAUUUUUCUAAAAAGUUACCUACCGACGGCUUAAAAAUUUUCAAUCAUAUAUUGCUUUAUAUAAUGCAGAGAAUGCGUUACAAAUAACAAUUGGCUCACAAAACAACGAGCGUAAAUAAUUGAAAUCGACUGUGAAAUAUUAUAGAAAUGAUUUUGCGAUCGCCCAUCUCAAAUUGUAAACGGCAAAUUUGAUGAAAUGUAUAAGUGAAGCAGUCAGUUAUGAAUAAAUGUAUUAUAGGUUAUAAAAGUUCAAUAAAUUAUUCAAUCAU